GUCGCUCUCACACCAUCAUCCACCAUCACCCUCACCAGCACCAGUACUCACCUGCCCACACACAUCACUCACCAAUACCCUCACCUACGCACACACACACACAUUAUCUCCUGUACCUGGCCCCCAUACACCAGCGCUCACCAUCACCAUCAUCUGGCCACACACCAUUCACCUUCACUCUCACCCGCCUCAGCAUCUACCAUCAUUUCACCCGCACGGCUACCAUCAGGACCCCUGCACCACCAUCACAACACCCGCAUGCUUUAUUCUUUAUUUCGUUCAUUGCCUUCACACCCCGCGUUGCAGCUUCCUGUGUUCGCCGCCUGUCACUGUGUGGUGUGUGGUGGUAGUCAUGGACAGCCGCCAGCGUCCUCAUCCACGCUGUAUUUUGUUUUUUUAACAUUACAUCAGGAAGUAGGAAACAUAAGUUAAAAGGCUGACAUGGAAGGCAAACGCCCCAUUAAAUACUUCACUAUGAAGAUACUAGUGGUGGUGGUGAUGGCGGCAACAGUAACCCUCGCCUCGCCACGCGGUGUAGGUAAGCUGUGGGGCUACCAGCGCAACACCAAUGGCCCUCUCACCUGGCCCGCAGCCUUCCCUAAGUGUGGGGGGUCGAGGCAGUCCCCAGUGGCUCUAGUCUCCGAUGAGGCCGUCCCCGGCCCUCCUGUGGAACAUUUCACGUUCCACAACUACAACCUUGUGCCUUUAUCCAUCAAGGUUACCAACACAGGACACUCCGUUAAGGUGACGCCAAUGAGCGACGCCUCACUGACAGGCGGCAACCUCACUGACAGGUACAUCUUUACUCAGUUCCAUUUCCACUGGGGCGCCACGAACAACCAGGGCUCCGAGCACACCGUGGACGGAGUCACGUUCCCGGGUGAGCUUCACCUGGUGCACUACCGCGAGCGUCACGGCAGCCUGGGCGAGGCCUUGCGGCACAGCAGAGGCGUGGCUGUGCUGGGCGUCCCGCUGGAGCUGUCGCUACAAGACAACCUGAACCUCCAGCCUAUCAUUGAUGGCCUGUCACAAAUUUCCAAGCCUCAAAAGACUGCCAUGAUCUCGCCCGUCAUCCUGCGAGACAUGUUGCCGGACAACGUGGAUGACUUCUUCCGUUACGAAGGUUCCCUCACCACGCCGCCCUGCAGCGAAGUGGUGGUGUGGACUGUCUUCAAGGACGCCAUCAGCAUAUCUAACACACAGCUGCAGGAGUUCAGGCAGCUGGUGGCUUCGGAUGGCACUCCCCUGCAAGACAAUUUCCGAACCCUGCAGCCGCUCAACGGGCGGCGAGUGGUGCGCUCAUGCCUGUGAGUGGUGGUGGUGGUAGUGCUGGUGUGUCGCCUGGGACACAACCUUAACAACCACCACUGUAAGUUGCUGUUUAUUUCUGCCUUACUCAC